CGUGAUGGUCAUGAGAGUUUCUCAAAGGUUUAAAGCAGCACACAUUAUCAGACUGCACUGAGAUCAGCUCACAUCUGACGCUCUCUCAAUCGAAUUAUCCCAAUCAGUGGUUUUGCCAGGAUGUCUUACGGAGGAUCAGGUUCGAUGCCGCGUGGUGAAUUCAGUGUUCACUUUGCCAGCAGACGAGGAGGAUACAUCAGAGCAGAAGAGGCGGCGGGCAUCGCUAUUCUGGCUGUAAUCCUCACAGCUCUGCUCAUUCUGGGCUGCUGGUAUUUCCGCAAACGCAGCGGGUACAAAAUGAUCCGGAACGGCCGUGGCGGCAGACAGAACUGGAGAGAGAUGAUGCGAUCGGGUCAGUUCAGUGAACCUGGAUCAGGAGAGGAAAACAAAGUGGCCUUAAAUGAACUUCGCAACCUCCAGCCAGUGAUCCCGAACGCUCCUCCAGCAUAUGAGAAGAUCGCUUCUGGACCUUCAUUGCCUCCAUAUUCACCAUAAAGUAAAUCAGUGAACUCUGAAUGUUAAAGCUGUAUCAAUGAAUGUUCUCAAAGCUCAGCAGCUGCGUCCUCUCUUCACACCUGAUCAUCUGUUACUUGUCAAAACUAUCGGACAGCAAAGAUUUCUGACACUGAAAUGCCUUUUCAACAUACUGCAUGGAUUGAGAAAGUUUGGGUUAUACAUCUAUUGUAAUAACUCACUGCUUGAUAACAUCUAAAUAAAGAUCUUGUUAAAACAAU